CAGAGGUGUUAAACUUGUGUUAAAUAUUGAUGCAUUUUUAUAGGCUAUACUGAAUUAUUAAUAAAAUGAAUGAUUGAUCAUAUCUGCAACCGGUAGGAAAGGUAGUGUGAGAUUUUUCUGUAAACAAAUGAACUAACGUUAAUUAGAGUCACUCUCUUUAGCUGUUUUACAAUUGUUAUUUUAACCCAGAAAUUUAAAGCUGUCUCUUAAAGGUGUCCAGCUGUUGGUAAGGACCCAUAGAUUCAUGUAAUUGUAUCUGAAUUGAUCUUAAUAGGGAUUUUUCAUUAGCAAAUGUUGGAUUUUUUCCCAAAGAUUACUGUGAACAAUACCCAGGUUUACUAUUUUCAUCUAAGUUACACAAUUCAAUCAUAUAAUUGCAUUUUUUAACAUUUGAAAUUAAUUCUGCUGUUAUACUUUAUAUAUUUGUGUUUUCCUGUCCUGUUUUCUAAUGUUUAACACUAACAUUAUGAAAGAUGUAAAAUUGAAAGUACAUUUUGGUGGAAAAAAAAAAAUCUUUCCUCACAUAACUCUUCAAAGCAGCCUCCCACGCACAGUCAAUACACCUGACAGUGGAUACAGGUGUUACACCUUGCUGCAGUCUUGCUUUCACCAGGAUUAUUUCACACCUGAGCCUGCAAAUGUUAUUCCACGUCAGCUAGCUGCCAUCUGUUACGCUGUAAUUAUCUCCUAGACACUGUAAAUGACCUUGUGUUUCAGCAUUUUACCUCAAAAGUAAGAGCGACAGGGUGCUGAAAACCUCAGCAGCGCUGAAUAUGUUUGGGGUGAGAAGGAAACAACAAGAUUUGGACCAUCAGAAUCAGGAUCAAAGAUGGAAUAGGGAGGUGGCAGAUACAGAGAUGAAACGAGAGACUCCUGGCGUGCAGACUUUUUCGACGCAGUACAUGUCAGCUGUAAGGAGGGCCUCAGAGUUGUCCUCCUGCAGCUCUGGGAAAAGUGUUUCGUCUGAGCGAGGGGGCCCGUGGAAUAAAGGCUCAGUGUCCCGCCUUCAAGCUAUCUCCAGUGAAACCCUGAGCAUGACUGCAGAGCUGGCAGCGACUUCAAAGAUUCCCCACAGUGCAAAGGCCCCCCUGGCAUCCAGAUCUUUUUUGCGUCGCCUUUUCCAAGGCAAUAAAGACAAAGUACACCCCGCACAGUAUCACAACAAGCACAGGCCUGAGCAUGUGAAGGACAGAGUAUUAAAUGGAUCCACCCAUGGGGAAGCAAGCAAGCAGACACAAAUCCAAGACAUCCGGAAGAGCAAGAACGAGAUGAAACACCUUUUCAGCAAAACAAACAUUGAGGAGAUCAUAGACCCUGAGCGCCCCACCAGUUCUGAGACCCUGGACUUCCUGGGAGGUAUCACCACUGUCCCACAUCUUUCCUCAUUUGAUAUGCUGUCCAGAGAAUCUGAAGAAGAGGAGGCAGAUGAUGGCCUGUUCUCCUGGGAUGCGUACAAACAGAGCAGCUCAGCCUCAGCUACUCUCUCUCACAGCACUCAUUGCCUGCAGUCUUUCAGUUCCCAGUUAAGUACAUUUUCAGGUGGAGCAUCAGUUUGUAAUAGUGAUGGAUACAGUCUCAUUCCUCUCCUGGAGCAAGCGAGGCAACCUCAUGUGGCACCACUGCCACCUAUCACUAACAGAGUCAGGAGGGGUUUUGUGGCUUGCAGGUGGCGAACAUCACAGGCAAGCCUGGCCUCCUCACUCAGGCCUAGCUGCUGUCAGAGGCGGUCUACUCUGGUCAACAGGCAAGAGGACGCUGUUCAGAAAGGAACCAUUACCGCUGACAGAUCGCAGCCUUCCAAUGAGGCCUGGAGUCCAAGAACCUCUGGACAACUAGAUAAUCUGAAUAUGGAUGAUAGGAUGGCGUUAAGUGACAUCGGAGUACACAUUCAAGAAUGUCAAGCGACCCAGGGAGAAGCGAUCGCUGUCCAAAACGCCCAGUCUCUAAAAGAUGGCAACAAAGAGAUUGUAUGCAGACCCACACAAAGGUCAUUAGUCGAGUUAUCUAACGUUAACGAAGAGGAUGAGGAUCAGUGUCGGAUCUGCCACGGUGGCGACAGUUCACCAACCAACCCACUGAUAUCACCCUGCCUGUGCUCAGGGAGUCUGCAGUUCAUUCACCUCGACUGCCUGAAGAGAUGGAUCCAGACGAAACUCGAGUCCGGGUCAAAGCUCUAUAUUGUCAAAAGAUGUGAACUUUGCAUGGGGGGGCUAACACUGGACCCGGAUAUGUUCGACUUGGACGAUUACUGCAGACGUCAUAACGAAGAGGUAGACAUCACUUUACAACUUUAUGUCCGAGAAGCAGCUGAGAUGGUGACCUUGAGCUCAUCGCUCUCCAGAGCUUUACUACCAGCACUAGUAACAGUUCCCUCCGCAGUCCCCAGGACUCGGAUGUGGACAAUGCUUCCCUACAUAAUGAGGAUCCGAGAGGGGAGGAACCCCUCACCAGAGCCCUCUGUCACUUGAUCUUCAGCCAUUCCCCAUUUCUUAACAUCUUGGUUAAUGGGAAGCUAAACAAGAGUAUUACAAUAAAUCACAAUGCAUCAAAGUGAGCCGAUCAAUGUAAAAGCAGUGGUCAUAUACAGUACAUUAAGUUACUGUUUCAUACAAUGUUUAUUACAUUUUGCACAAGUAUCAAGUGUUCAUAAGGUUAUAAGAGAUUUAGACAUUAACCUAUACUGACGGGUUAACUUUUCAAAAUGUAUUUUCACAACUGCAACAUCAGUAUUUUGUUUUACAGAAUGUAGAAUUAAAUAAUCUAGACACAUGUCUGUCGCUAACAAACAUUUUAAUAAUAUUUUAAGAA